UGGCUCUUUCUUCUGARUGAGGAAUUGGAAGGACUGCAUAUGUAUGAGAUCAUCCGAAACAGCUUGGUAUUUGCAAAUAAAGAUCUGGAGACACACGAAUACUUAAUUUUUAAAUCAAGCUCAACGAUGCAUUAGAGGAAGCUGRAUUGGCUGUACAGAGAUUUCAUGCUGAAGGAUGAACAGUGAAGAAGAGUUUUAUGAUGCCGUUACGGGCUUUGAUUCUGACAAUUCUUCAGGGGACUUUUCAGAAGCGAAUCAUAAAGCUGCGGAAAUGCUUGAUCUAGAUCCACACCAAAGCAGUCGGAGUGGAAAACAUAAUGGAGAGACAGAUAUUCAAGAAAAUGGAAUUAAGAGACACAGGACAUCAUUACCUGCACCAAUGUUUUCUAGAAGUGAUUUUAGUGUGUGGAGCAUAUUAAAAAAGUGCAUUGGACUGGAGCUGUCUAAAAUUACAAUGCCCAUUGUCUUCAAUGAACCAUUGAGUUUCCUUCAACGAAUAACGGAGUAUAUGGAACAUAUAUACCUCAUUAAUAAGGCUUGUAGUCAAGCAGAUCCCCUGGAAAGAAUGCAGGCUGUAGCUGCUUUUGCAGUUUCUGCUGUAGCUUCUCAGUGGGAGAGAACUGGCAAACCAUUUAACCCACUUCUAGGAGAAACCUAUGAAUUAACAAGGGAGGACUUAGGUUUUAGGUUUAUAUCUGAGCAAGUCAGCCAUCAUCCGCCUAUUAGUGCGUUUUAUUCCGAAGGCCUCAAUAAGGACUUUGUUUUUCAUGGAUCAAUCUACCCCAAACUAAAAUUCUGGGGAAAGAGUAUAGAAGCUGAGCCUCGGGGAACAAUUACUUUGGAGCUGCUAAAGCAUAAUGAAGCUUACACAUGGACAAAUCCAACGUGUUGUGUACAUAAUGUAAUUAUUGGUAAACUGUGGCUAGAACAAUAUGGAACAGUAGAAAUUGUAAAUCACAGUACUGGUGAUAAAUGUGUCCUUAAUUUUAAACCAUGUGGACUGUUUGGGAAAGAGCUCCACAAAGUAGAGGGCUACAUUCAGGACAAAAAUAAAAAGAAGCUGUGUGUGAUCUAUGGCAAGUGGACAGAAUGCUUAUGGUGCACUGAUCCUACCACAUAUGAAGCUUACAAAAAGAAUGAAAAGAGAGGUGGUGAGCAGAAGAAACCAAAGCAGAGUGAAGAUGUUAUUAAAUCUGAAAAUGAUGAGGCUGAUGAUAUGCCAGAGGUUCAAGACACAGUGCAGUUCAUACCAGGCAGUAAAUUGCUUUGGAGGAUAAAUUGCAGACCACCAAACUCAUCMCAGAUGUACAAUUUUACCAGUUUUGCUGUGAGUCUCAAUGAGCUAGAAAAGGGUAUGGAAGCAAUACUAGCUCCUACUGAUUGUCGACUGCGCCCAGAUAUCAGAAACAUGGAAGAUGGAAACAUGGAUCUGGCUAGUAAGGAAAAAGAGAGGCUAGAAGAGAAGCAAAGAGCUGCUCGCAAGGAGCGUGCAAAAGAUGAUGUGGAGUGGCACACAAGAUGGUUUCAUCAAGGCACUAACCCAUAUACUGGGACUCCAGAUUGGCUGUACUCAGGUGGUUAUUUUGAUAGAAAUUUCUCGGACUGUCCAGACAUAUAUUGAAAUCACUGAACCAAUAGCUCAUCUCAUCUGGACAUCUAGUUACUAGAUUUCAUUCUAAGCCAGUGACUCUGGUUGUGUUAAUAGCAAAAACCAGCUUUUCUAAGUAAAUUUUAACAAAAAUUCUGUCACUCAACAAUCGAGGAUUUAAUUAUCACUAACUUUGGAUUGCCAAAUAUUUAAAUACUGUUGCAUUCUUGCGUAAAGUUGAAAAUCAUCAUGUUUUCACUAAUUUUUUCAAGGGACCUUUUGGUUGUUUUUUUUCCUAGUUUCUUUGUCAGAAAGGUAUGCUGUAUCUGGUAGAGCUUAUAACAACCUUGAAAAUUAUGUAACUUCUAUAAAAUAAAUAGAGAUAAUAUCCUUGUUGCUUAGUACAGCAGCGAAGAGUUGUUAGGAAUUUGGAACAGAGAUGAAAGAUUAGUAUGGUGCAAACAUGAUGGCAUAUGUUUCAGUGGCAAUUCCCCAUGAAGAGCUGGAGGUGACGUUUUUAGACAGCAGGUAGUACUACGUGGGGAUUGGAGCUCCUGGCCCCCUUUCUCUGUCUCUCAGUACGGUCCAAUACUUCAGACUUGGGGGAACAAAACACAAGAUAUUAGCUUCUCAAGCUGUAGUUGUCUGUUACGGAAUCUUUACAAUCUUUGGACACUGUGAGUAUUAAACUCYGUACCUGUGAUAAAAUUGCAUAAAACAUAGGAGAAGGAUGCAUUWAAAAAGUUGUCUUUUUCUGAAGUAAAAUGCUAUCCUAAAAAAUAGGAAACUUCAGAAACAAUUGUAGGAAUGUUGAAGUGGUUACAGUGUAAAAUAUAUUGCUUGCUACCACUUGGAGGCUUAGAUCUCCAGCACUACUUUUUGCAGCUUUGGCACUAUAUAUGCUUCUAGACUAAACUUUUAUUUGGAAGCACUUGGUAGACAUAUCCACACAUAUCCAUUCCCGUUUUGGGGAUGUUUUUGUUUGCAUGUUCUUCAUUAUUAGGUCAUGUCUGUUCUGUAUGUUGUGAAAAAACAGAACUAAUUUAAAACUGUGGCAUAGUUAUACCUAUUACAAGUUUUCAAAAUUUCUGUGAGCACGUGCUGUCAUAUAAGUAAAAAUAUUUUUGGUACCAUAUUGAAAUAUUAAAGCCAUAUAAUCCUGGAACUAUUUGAACUAUAGAUCAGUUACUAUUAUUGAUGCAUUCAUUUUCCUUCAAAGCGGUACACUUCAGAGAGGGGGAAGGAGGCUUGAAAAACUAAGUUGAACAAUUUAAGCUAACUUUAAUUUUUGUUGUUUUUUUUUGUGAAAAUUUUUAAUUUAGUAACCAAGCAAAGCUGCAGAAUGGCUGCAGUGCAGCUAAGUUUACAGUAAUUUAGGCAUUGAUAGUGCUAGAAACCAGAAGAAUUAGUGGAAGAACUGAUCAGAUCGAUUACCCAGACACACUUGUGGCUUCAUUUAAAGAUUAGCUUUAGAAUUGCUUCUCCCUGAGGAUUAAAAAACAAAAGAAAAUAAACAUCACCCUGAUGAAAUAUUUUUAUAUGAAGUCAAGUAGUUAAAGAUCAGAUUAACUAUAAAUUUGUAAAGAUUUAGUUGCCUUCUUCAUUAAAAAAAAAGUAAGGAAGAGUAAUUGUAAAAAACCCAGGCAAUAAAUGAGGACAAAAUCUAGAAUGUACUUAUGGCAUCUUCUUUCUGUUGCCAGAAAUUGGACUUUGGGCUGAUUGCAGCUUUCAGACAUAAAACUUAGACUUUGAAAUACAGUGGAAAUUAAUGUUUGUUCCUAAUAAGUGUCUAGGCAUUUGACUUUUAAAAGAUAUUGCUGAUCCUUAUGGAACAGCAUAAUAUUUCAUAACUCUUUCAGCCUUUUUGUAAAAAAAUAAAAAAAAAACAAAAAAAAACUUUAAUGGCUUUCAAGUAAAGGAACCAUUUAUAUAGGUGAGUCUKGAGAGGAUUCAUACAUCAAGCUGUUUUUAAAAUCUCAUGAGAGUUUAAAACUUGCUUAAACUAAAUAGCACGUCCCAUGUAUUCGUCUUAAAAUAUUUUCUAAAUUGUAGUUACCCAAAUGGAAAAAUAGUAUAGUAAUUGCUGAAGAAAUACUCUGAAGCAAUAUGGUUCGCAACUCUCUACAGGUCAUGAUUUAAAUUCAGA